AUGUGCAACGCAGACAUCUUCCUCGGCUUCCUCGCCAUCCUCUUUCCCCCGCUGCCCGUCUGGAUCAAGCGCGGCAUCUGCUCCGCCGACUCUCUCAUCAACAUCCUCCUCUCCUCUCUCGGUUGGCUGCCCGGCCUCCUCCACGCCUGGUAUAUCAUCGCAAAGUUCCCCGACCCCUACGACGACUACGAGCAGGUGCCUCAGCACAAUGAGUCCGGCCGCGUCACCUACGUCUUUGUGAGCCACCAGCCCGGCUCCCAGCAACGUCCUGCUGCCGAAAAUGGUCCGCAGUCCCAACCCCAGAACAAAUCCGCCGGCCGCCCGCAGAACUACGGCGCCACCAGCAAUAGCAACAACGGCGCGGGCUCUUCGUCUGCUGGUCCUGCCGCCGGCGCGAGCGCGCCCCCAACGUAUGCUGAGGCUGUCAAGGGCGACCACAAGAUCCAGUCGCAGGAGUAA